AUGGAUGGUGGGUAUUCCAUGGAUCCCGACCUAGAAACAAGUAACCAAGCCAUGGACGCGGCAUUUGAUUUUGAGAGCGCCGCGAGCAGCCCCAGCCCACUGAAGGUCGAGAAUCCCCAGCUGCCCAGCAGCCAGAAAUCUUCAAAAUCACAAAUAUGGAGUCCUUCGGCCGUAUCAGCGGUUCCAGCUCAGAACGGCGCAGCACCUCCGGCACAUGCACAUGCACAUGCACCUGCAUCUCCACUUUUCGCUUUUGGUGUGAAGGAACAGUCGCCAUUUUCAGGGGUCUUUCGAAAUGAUCACGAGAAGCUUGCCGCUUCCCAAUGGAAUGGCCAGUCUCCCUCGUCAAUUUUGGAGGAAAGCUUUGGUGGCAUCAAUAUGAAUGGACGGUCUCCAUUGAACUCCAUGUCGCCAAACAUGAGGUUCAGCUCGCCAAGCUCCUACCCAUUUCCUGUCAACUUUGCCUCGUCCCCGGCCCAGACCGAUCCCGCAAAUUCGACACAACCUGUUCUCACCGUCCAUCCUACCUCACUCAAGUCCCGCGUCGAAACGCAAAUCCCGAUCCGAUUGACCCUCUCUCCGCUGCCGGCCAGCGUCAAGAAGCUGCGCCUUCCAUCCCACACUAUCUCUAAACUCAAAUUCCUUGCCCCUCCCUCCACCGAACCUACUUCCGACACCCUUCAAUUAUAUACGAGUUUGGUUUGCACAAGCGCCAUGCAAGACCGGGAAAAGUUAAAACGAGCCUUUGCCCGCACAAGAAGCGACAGAUAUCACUCGGGGAUAAAUGGUCCCGACGAGGAGAGACCUUUGGACGGUGGGGAUGUGAAAAUCUGCACGGGAUGCAUUCAACGAGAACGGAAGCGUGCCUCUCGGAAGAAGCAACGGAAACCGGAGGAGGACGAACUAUUCCAGAAGGAUGAGGAGAAGAGGGUUAUUGUUUUCAACACAAGUGAAAUCAAAGAAUGGGCGGAACCACCUAAGAACGCUUCAACUGGUUAUGGGGAUAUGCCACCUGCCCCGCCCGGAUCGAUGCAAGUGGAGCUCCCGAUGCGAAUCGCAUGCUACUGCCGACACCAGAACGAGAAACUGGGUUUCCAGGUCAUUUUCACUGUGAAGGAUUAUCAAAACAACGUGGUGGCCCAGGCCAUAACCAACUCGAUCAUGAUCACCGAUGACCACAAAACGCAAGCACCCUCAGCGCCUGCACCUGCUGGCCCCUCGCCAUCUUUGCCAGAUGGCCUGCCAGGCGUAGGAGUCUUUCCCUCGGGACCUAACGGCGAAGGCAAACCUUCAAGUGGUGCUUUCGCUACUCCUCAGUCACCAACCGAUCUACAGGGCCUCCAGCAACGAUUUAGCUCACAAUAUCAGCUCACGAACAAUUCGUUCACUGCUGCUCAACCAAAUGGUGGACCUUCGAGCUCUCAGACACCUCGCAGUCUUUCAAGACAGGCCUCGCCGACAGACUUCCCAGGCCCUCAGACCAAACGACGGAAGCACAGCAGCUCCGGGCGAUUGCCUUCAGAGUUGACCAUGACCCGAAUGGAGACACCCCAGUCAUCUAGCUCAGCAAUGGCCGCUGCUCAGCUCGCGGCAGCUCGGGGAUAUGCCUCGCCAACGGAACGGCCAUUCGUUACCCCAUCGUCCAUGUCUGGACAGUAUAGCAAUGGGCCUCCCACUCCCAACCAAAGUAGUGACAAUAACCCCUUCUUCAACCCGACACCGGCUCAAAGACAAAGUCUGGAUAGUCUUGCUCACCAAUCUCUGGUGUCUGCACCCAACUCUGCACAGCCAAGUCGUCCUGGGACACCCGGUGCCUCUGGCCGUAGCAGUUUCCAGGAUCCAAACCUUGCACUUGGAUUGGGCGGUACGCCUGCAAAUCAAGUUUGGCCUUCCAUAUCCCAAGCUCCAAGCCGACUCCCCUCGGUUAUUCACAAGCUUGUGCCCGCGGAGGGCUCAAUAACUGGAGGCACAGAAGUUACGCUGUUGGGCAGUGGUUUUUAUCCUGGAAUGGAGGUUGUUUUCGGCGAUACUCUCGCAACAACUACCACAUUCUGGGGCGACAAAUGUUUGAAUUGCUUGACCCCGCCAGCUCUUCAACCGGGGCUGGUGUCCGUUGUUUUUAAGCAUGAGCACCCAACUUUCGGGCAGGUUCAACAAGCGCAACCACUAAUGCCCAAGCAACAAUUGUUUUUCCGAUAUGUGGACGACCGUGAACUUCAAAUGUACCGGCUGGCGUUGAACAUCCUUGGCCAAAAGUUGGGCAGCCAAGCAGACGCGUUCCAAACUGCCCAGCAAAUCAUGGGAAGCGAUCCGAAUGCUUUCUUCAACAUGCAGAAGGACAUGCAAGGUGGGGGCUCUUCCGGUGGGCAUCAACGCCAAGUGCCCGGAAUGGAUUCUCAGGCGAAGUUGAGCGAUCUUGAUUCUAAAAUGUUGACUUACCUCGAAUUCAUUGAUUUGGACGAUAGCCCACGCUCCGCUCGCUACAACUCCCGCAGCACCACUGGCCAAACUCUUCUGCACUUUGCAGCUUCUUUGGGUCUGACUCGAUUUGUUGCGGGACUUUUAGCCCGUGGGGCUAACCCAGACGUCCAGGACAGUACUGGAAAUGUUCCCAUGCACUUUGCUGCUCUACAUGGCCAUGCUCAUAUUGUCCAUCGACUGCGGCUCAUCGGGGCCAAUGCCAAUGCCCGCAGUGUGCGUGGAUUUACGCCGGCAGACCUUGCAACGACAUUGCCUGCGCACCAAGCUGCUUUGCUCCCAUCCCGGCACUACCGGUCUCGCAGUGUUGGGUCACUUUCUUCUCGCCGCAGACACAGUAGCUCAGCUAGCCUCAACUCUCUCUGGGAAGCCUCUUCAGCUUCUGGCUCUCUUGGUCAUGCUGUUGACGACUCUGAGGACCUGGAUGAUUCUGAAGAGUUGGACAGCGAUGAUUCCGAAGCCCCAUUAUUCUUCAGCUCAUCCCGUCGAUCAAGCAUGCAUCAAGACGCUAUUCCUCCGGUCGUGGAUACUGGUGAACAACCCGCGGCACCUGAUACUCGUGGUUUCUCCCCACCUGCAGCCAUUGUCGCCUGGCAGAACCAUUUGACUGCACAGAUUCAUCAAUUCCAGCAGAGUGUAUCCAAUGCUUUCCCUAACAUGCCUGCGCUACCCCCCAUGCCGGCUCUUCCAGAUUAUCAGGCCAACCAAAUGAUGCGUCGCAUCACUAACCUGGUACCUCAACGCCCGGCUACUCGUGGCGAUGGCUGGUGGGACUAUCUGAAAGGGAAUGCUGCCCCGGUCCAGAAUCUUCCGCCUUCGUACGAUGAGCUGUAUCCGCACCAGCAGGAUAAGCAGAACGAAGCAUCUGAAAUGAAGAAGUCUGCGCUUCUUCAGGCUGCCACAGAGGCAGCUCUGGACCAGCAUUUCGAGACACAGAGCAAUGUCGCCUCCUCUUCCGCCUCUGCAUCCGCUUCAACAGUAAUUGCCCAAGCCCAACCUGCCCAGAUCGUCAAGGAUGAUCUCAAGGAUAUCACAAUUGGGAGCAAGGUGAUCUCUCGCGAGCAGCAGAAACAUUUGCGGGAGCACCAAGCCCGACGUAUGAAGGGCCUGGGCAGUGACCGCAACCUCUACUUUAUUUGGAUUCCCCUGCUACUUUUGGUUAUCUGUGCUUGGAUGCGCAACUUUGUGCCUGGUAUUUGGCAAGGCGUUACGGACGGCUUUGAAUUUGUGAAAGCCCGCUCUACACAGCGGGCUGUGGAAUUGGGAUUUUAG